AUGCGAGGAUUGGGGCCUCCCGAACGUAAACCUUGUGGAAAGUUACUUGCAGCAGCAGGGCGCACGAGGGCGCGGGCAGCAGCAGAGCGCACGAGGGCGCAGGCAGACCAGAGCGCACAAGGGCGCGGGCAGCAGCAGGGCGCACGAGGGCGCGGACAGCAGCAGAGCGCACGAGGGCGCAUGCAGACCAGAGCGCACAAGGGCGCGGGCAGCAGCAGGGCGCACGAGGGCGCGGACAGCAGCAGAGCGGCAACGGGCAGCACAGGAACGGGCAGCAAUGGGCGGCAACGGGCAGCAACAGGCGGCAACAGGCAGCACAGGCACGAGCAGCAACGGGCGGCAACUGGCAGCACAGGCACGGGCACCAACGGGCGGCAACAGGCAGCACAGGCACGGGCAGCAACGGGCGGCAACGGGCAGCGCAGGCAAAGGCAGCAACAGGCAGCAACGGGCAGCAUAGGCACGGGCAGCAACGGGAAGCACAGGCACGGGCAGCAACUGGCGGCAACGGGCAGCACAGGCACGGGCAGCAACGGGCGGCAACAGGCAGCACAGGCACGGGCAGCAACGGGCGGCAACAGGCAGCACAGGCACGGGCAGCAACAGGCAGCACAGGCACGGGCAGCAACGGGCGGCAACAGGCAGCACAGGCACAGGCAGCAACAGGCAGCAACGAGCAGCACAGGCACAAGCAGCAACGGGCGGCAACAGGCAGCACAGGCACGGGCAGCAACAGGCAGCAACGGGCAGCACAGGCACGGGCAGCAACGGGCAGCACAGGCACGGGCAGCAACGGGCGGCAACGGGCAGCACAGGCACGGGCACCAACGGGCGGCAACAGGCAGCACAGGCACGGGCAGCAACGGGCGGCAACGGGCAGCGCAGGCACAGGCAGCAACAGGCAGCAACGGGCAGCACAGGCACGGGCAGCAACGGGAAGCACAGGCACGGGCAGCAACGGGCAGCAACGGGCAGCACAGGCACGGGCAGCAACGGGCGGCAACAGGCAGCACAGGCACAGGCAGCAACGGGCGGCAACAGGCAGCACAGGCACGGGCAGCAACAGGCAGCACAGGCACGGGCAGCAACGGGCGGCAAUAG